CAAACAUAGACAUUCAUGUACGGUCGGUACGUACGUGAAGACGAACGAAACGUACACACCGUAUGCAUUCCUUUACACCUUGAACUGUUUUCAUCCUCAACAUUCACUAUUUUGAAACAAAAUAUACCCCUACAAUAUUGAAUUCAGAAUCCAAUUGGUUUGACUUCGUUUCCGACACAGCUACGACAUUUUUUCAUUGACGCUUGAAAUCUUUAUCGUUGGUUGGAAGAAACCAAGUCCAGCAUAAUGUCUGCUCCACCUCCACCCUACGAACCUCCAAAGGGACAGCAAGCAGGUUACCCACCCCAGCAGCAAGGGUACCCACCACAGGGAUACCCAGCACCCCAGGCAGGGUACCAACCACCACCCCAGCAAGGGUACCCGCCACCCCAGCAGGGAUACCCGCCACCCCAGCAGGGAUACCCGCCACCCCAGCCAGGUUACCAGGCUGGGUACCCUCAGCCGCAGGGCUAUGCCCCAGUGCCUACCCAGGGGCCAGCAGGUGUGGUGGUGGUGACUCAACAGCCGCAAGUUCAGCAAACUAUCGUGACUACCACAGUGCGGCAACGACCCAGGGUGAACCAUCUGCUUCAUGCGAUCAUCACAUUUUUUUUCUUGCCUUGGGUAAUUGUCUGGAUAAUACUGUGCAUGACAGAAGGGGAAUGUUAAGAAGAUGAACUUCUGAGCAAAACAGAAAGGAGAGGAUGUGUUUAAAGUAGGUUCUCUAAACUGUAACAAAUAGUUGGUUGUAACAUAAUAUCAGACAUUUGGUUCAUAUUUUACCUGUCAUUCAUGAACAUAGUGAAAGUAAUUAAGAAAUUAACAAUGACAUUUGGUACAGCUGUGACACAAAAUAAUGACUAUGACAAAUUUUGUGACAAGAUUUCCAUAGCCUCUAAAUCACCUUGGUGGUGUUUUGUACUAUAAGUAGAUUUAAGCUAAACGUUUCUUUUUGUAUGCAAAUCAACACAAGGUUUAAGUUUAAACAUAAAAGUAGCCUAUUCAGAUGAAGAAAAUAGAUUGUGCAUGUCUCAUGGGUGUUCUAACAUAUUGGAUCACUUUGGUCCCAUGUACAUUGCUCAAGCGAUUGCGCACUUUCAAAAUGUUAAAAAAGGGGUGAGACUUGCACAGUCUAUUGGAAAAUUUGUCGAUAGUUAAAAUGUUCACAUUAUAUUCAGUUUAAAAGAACAAAUUUUGAGUAAUCUUUGAAAGGUAUUUGAUGUGGUAGAUAUGUAAUCUCAAUUGGAAGUUUGUUGUUUUUUUGUGGUAUUUUGGGCAUAGUGUAUUACCACUAGGUUUUUCAGAAUCGAAAACUUAUUUGCUACGGAUUUAACGCUACUGAUAAUCAUGGCUUUACCACUACAGCGUAUUUAAGUUUAAUGGUAGCGUCAGUGUAGAAAUCAUGCUUUGAAAUUUUUGUUGAAAUGCAUUGCCUUUUUUUAAAGACAUUUUCAAUUGUUACUCGCUUCCACGUUCUUUCAUCAAAAAAAGGGAAAUAUCAACUUCUUAUUGGAAUCAUGUCUGAAAUUUUAUAUAUAUUUUUUUAGGCACAGAGCUGCCAACCUUCACCGACCAAAAUCAGUAUUCCUGAAGCAAAGAAUCUUUUUUUUUUUUUCCCUGAAUUUUUCAAAAUUUACUAUCACGCCUGUAAUUUCACCGAGGCCAUGGAGGCCCCCCCCCCCCUGGACCAUAGACUUUAACAUUCGCCAACGGCAGUGCCCUUUGCAAAAUGAAAAUGGCCUUGCCCUUUCAAGCAUGAAAUUCCAGGCCUGUUAAUUCACAUAGCCACUAAUUGCCUUCAAACACUUAGUGACGAUCCCUGUUGGUUGGCAGCUCAGCUAUAAAACACAACAAAUGUUUUUUGAAAUUUCGGUACCCAGGCUCGGCAUUUCUUGCCUACAUUGUAUGGUUUCCUGUCUGGGAAAUUUGCAUAAUGGCCAUUUAUGACUUUGUCAGACUCGGAAGGUUGGAAUGAGUAAUAUGGAUGGGCCUGCCACCAAUGUCAAAACUGAACUUGGGGUUAAAUAGGUCUAAACAUAAUAAAGAUUAGGCUGUGGCUUCUGCAGAUAUGGAUGUGGUUGCCGUGGCUACGGCUGCUGCUAAGGGUGUUGCAAUGUGCAUCAUGGGGUUCUAUGCUAUAGAAAAGAUAGGAGGUAAAAUUAUAUUCCGAUUUUUUUUUUCUAUAUUUUUUUUUUUUUUUUUUUUUUUUUUUUUUUUGGGGGGGGGCCUUUAUUAUUUCGUUUUCUAGCUCAAGCUGUAAACUUAUGAAAUAAAUCACUGAGAAUACUUAGCACAAUUAGCCCUUUCCAUGAAAAAUGCUGAUUACAUUCAUGAACGCGUACAGACACUAUUGGUCGGCAAACGGCGUAGAGUUGUGCACGAGGCAAAGGCACAAUUGUGUAUGCAUAACAGCCCCUACAGUCUAAAAUAAAAAGGAUGUAUAAGUGCGCGAGUGCGAUGUGUAAUUUACAUCUUUCAUGCGGAAUGAAUUUCUUCAAUGAAGCGGUCAAUACUAUUAAAAUGUUUUUGGAGUGUUUAGUUUCUUUCUUGAGAAUUAAAUGUUUUUGUAUUGUUGCUAUCGUGUUUAAAAAACACAUAAUAAUGCGAUUAGAAGAUAAUAAAAGAUUAGUAUAAAAUUUAUACACAUAGUAUGUGACAUACAUUUUUGGGGGUAAUUUGUAGGAUAAAUAAGGGAAUAAAAAGGGUAGCGACAAAUUCUUAAACGGCUGGGUAAAACCGGCAGGGUCAUGGCCGUGUGAUAGACGCUAGCCUUUUGUCAAAAGGCGAAACAGUAUCACAAUUCUAGAUAAUCUGCCACUUUUGUUGUUUGCAAAAAACAAUUCUGGACAGAAACUACAACAAAUGUUCAAGAACUAAGGACUUCUUCCUCGUUCUUGACAAUAAGUACUACGUAUAAGGAAAGCAAUUCUCAAAAUGCAAUGCAAUUAGAUUUAUAUUGGACCAAUACUAGACUUUUAUCAUAAGGCAGUUAAGUCAUGUAUCCAAUCUCGUCCAUGACUGCUUAUAAACUAUCUUUAAACAUACAAAGGGUGACCAGACUAAAUUACCAUCCAGUCUCGAUUCGAAUGGAAAGAAUCCAAAAUGGUCGACACAAUAAAGGUCUUUGUUUUCCCAUGUACUCACAGUCAGUAUUUGUAUUGAAGACUUUUAAGUCUCCAUAAAAGAGGCUUUUUUAUACAUGUAAAUUACUACGCACAAAAAAACAACAAGGAGUAAAUUAGAUUUCGGAAAAUGUGUAUCCUUUGAAGAACUUAAUGGUUCCGGUGUGGCUGUAAGCAAGUAGGUGAUGUUUUCUAGCUCAAUUAGAAAACACCACUUAUGAGAAACUUCAACUGUUUUGGUUGUAUUUUCAAAAUGAAUACAACCAAAACAGGUGCAAUUUUGAGCCAGGAUCAACACAUCAUUUAUCAUAAAAUUGGCAUAACAUUAGUGUUACCAUAUAUCCGUGUGACUAUAUGUUUAUUAAUAUUUAGUUUAAGACUUUUCAUUCACUAAGCUACGACAUAUGUUUUGAGUAAUAUUAACAGCAUUAUAGAUAUAUUUUUCUUCCUGAUUAAUUUUCCUUAAAACCAUUUAAUAGUUUAAAAGAGAUAUUAGUUCAUUUUCAUAUUGUGUAACUGAAAUUUGAUUGUUACACAAUAUGAAAUUUGAUUGUUGUCUCUGGGGAUCUAUAUAACUCCCACUAUACAGUUUGUUUGUUCUAAACAGUAUUAUAAUUUGCCUUUCAUUCCACGAAAUUGUCUUUAAAGGGAUCAUAUACAUUUGGUAAUUGGGCCCCACUAUUUGUUUUAAUCAUGUAUAGUUGUAGAUAUAUACCAUAAAAUUAACUUGUGGGAAAUUCAUUUCAAAAGGCGGUGGUGUUUUUUUGAGAUAUUGCCGAAAAUCUGGAGGGAUUAUGUCCAUCCAGGAAUAAUUUGCUAUUUGAAUACACAAUCUAAGACAAGUUACUCUCAACAGUACAGUGCCCUUUCUCAGAUUCAAAUUUUUGGGGGUUAAAAAGUGAUAUAUUUUAGUCAUAGUGUAAAGUGUCUCAAAGUGCAUUAUACCAUCAAAAGCUGCUGUAUUUCUUACCAAAUAAGGUUUUUUUCAGAGUCAAUACCAAAUGUAUACAGACCCUUUAAUUGUCAAUACCUUUCUGCUUGUAUUUUUAUAUAUUAAAUUGCUGUUAUAGUAGAUGUAAAGGUAAA